AUGCCAAUGCCACACAUGGCUCCGCCAACUCUGCCACAAGACCAUCUGCAACCGCAGCUAAUGCAGCAGUUGCGAAGAAAUUUGAACAGACUUAGCGACGCUAAUAGGGCCAUUCGGCUCCAAGGGAUCAAUUCCAUUCUCUUCACGUACACGGAGGAAGCUGCAAAACGAGCGCCGGAAGGUGGUAACGUUGUUACAGCGGAUGUGAGGGACAAGGCAGCCUUAAACAAAAAGAACAAUGCGAGUUGCUGCUUUGCUGAAGCAUUUUUGUCCAAUAUAUACUCAUUAGUGGCUGGGCUAUGCGCUGAUGGGGAGUCUGAGUCUAGUCGAGAGGCUGCAUUACAGCUCCUCCAGCUUGUAGUGAAAAUGUUUCUGUCAAGGGAGGAAGUAAUAGCAAUAUGCACGGGCAUAAGGAGGUGUAGCAUCAAAAAUCAAUUGAAGGGAUUGGACUACACUGACUGCGCGGCGAGUGGAACCUGUUACAACACUAAAGAUGGCAGGUGUCAUAGCAGCAGCUCCGGACCUACUAACACAGAAGCGGCAAAACCAUUAGUUCUAGUUUUAUCAGAUAGGCUUAAAGAAGCCUCAGGUCAAGCAGAAACGAGCGAAGAGCUACGUUUCACAGUCAUGAAGUUCUUACAGGACCUGUUGGUAGACUAUGCGACAGACCUUCCUGUGCCAGAGAGCAACGCGCAGAACCCUGAGCCACAAGAGCAACUAAUCAUGAAGAAUUCAGAUGGUUGGAACGCAACAGAUUUCGCAGACAGUUUGCUGGCGGCAGUUGCGGGUGCUUUACGAGACCAAAGGCCGACCAAUGCCGUCGAGGCUUGCAGGCUUCUAGCUGCAGUAUGCCAGAAAGUACGAGCAUCAGUACUUUUACAGCAAGCAACCGAAGCCUAUGAUGCCUUGCUAGGAGCUAUUUCAUCCCCUGCAGCUGUAGCCGAGGAUGCCGGUUCUCGUGCUGCGAGCCACAUAUGCUCAGCAGCUGCGGCAAUUAGGCCCCUUUUGCUGCAGGAAGCAGCAGUACAGAAUAAGGUUCGAAUGGGGCGAAUGUUGAAGCGCCUGCUGCAGCAAAUGUCUCCGCGGGUUUUACUGAGACCGAAAGUGCUGCCACAGCUGCUGCAACUUGUGUUGCUUUUGAUGGGGGACACCAACCAAGAAGUGGCAGCAGAAGCUGAGAAAGCACUACUUGAAGAGGACGACGAAGAGCCUUGCAAUGCUUUAGGCCCGAUAUCAGCCGCCUCCGUUGCAGAUGCUGGGACCCUUCUACGUGACGAAGCGGUGACGCAGCCUACAGAAAUGGUGACGGAAUUGGCUGGGCUACACUUGAAGGAGUUGAUGGCUGAUGUAGGCAAUGCGAUGCGUUUGCACGUGCUGCAUGGGACGUUCGGUUGA